CUCCUCCUCCUCAUCCUCAUCACCAGCAUACACUCCAGCGCAGAGCCGCGCGAGGGAAGCACGCGCCGUCAUCUGUUCUUCAGUUCAUCUUGUUUACUAACAUCUUCAUUAAUCACCACCUGGAGCCCCGGGGGAUGACACGCACUCACGCCGGGCUGUAGGCGUCCUCAGGCGGGUUGUGGAGCAGAUGAAGAUGAGGAGUAAAUAAGGUUUCUGCGGCAGGAACUCUGGUAGAGGAUGGGCUGCGCACAGUGUAAGGAUAAGGACUCUAAGCUGGUGGACACUGAUGGCGGUCAGUUCAGUGCCGGGCCGGUGUGCUACAAUGACCCAAUCACAGUCAGCGCCAUCCCCAACUACAACGACUUCAACCCUGCAGGGGGCGCUCAGGGGGUCUCUGUGUUUGGAGGAGUCAACACGCACACUGGAACACUGCACACCAGAGGAGGAACAGGUGUGACUCUGUUUGUGGCUCUGUAUGAUUAUGAGGCUCGUACUGAGGAUGAUCUGAGCUUCCAGAAGGCCGAACGCUUCCAGAUCCUCAACAACACUGAGGGGGACUGGUGGGAAGCUCGUUCUCUCACCACUGGAGGAACUGGAUACAUUCCCAGUAAUUACGUCGCUCCCAUCGACUCCAUCCAGGCCGAGGACUGGUACUUUGGUAAGAUGGGCCGGAAAGAUGCAGAGAGGCAGCUGCUGUCCCCAGGUAACGUGCGGGGCACCUACCUGAUCCGGGAGAGUGAAACAACAAAAGGUGCCUUCUCACUGUCUCUCCGCGACUGGGACGAGGUCAAGGGUGACCAUGUGAAGCACUAUAAGAUCCGUAAGCUGGACAGCGGUGGAUAUUACAUCACCACCCGCGCCCAGUUCGAAACCCUGCAGCAGCUGGUCCAGCAUUACUCAGAGCGAGCUGCAGGUCUGUGUUGCCGUCUGAUCGUUCCGUGUCAUAAAGGGAUGCCGCGCCUGACUGACCUGUCGGUCAAGACCAAAGACGUGUGGGAGAUCCCACGGGAGUCGCUGCAGCUUAUAAAGCGGCUGGGCAACGGCCAGUUUGGGGAGGUCUGGAUGGUGCAUGCAGACGGUUUGUGCUAUCAUUUAACGGGGGUGUGCGUGACCUACAUACCAGACACGGUGGGUCUUACCCACGAUGCCUGGGAAAUCGCCCGCGAGUCUCUGCGGCUGGAGGUCAAGCUGGGGGCGGGAUGUUUUGCCGAUGUCUGGUGUGGCAUGUGGAAUGGCACCACUAAAGUGGCGGUGAAGACGCUGAAGCCGGGCACCAUGUCCCCCGAGUCUUUCCUGGAAGAAGCUCAGAUCAUGAAGAAGCUCCGCCACGAUAAACUGGUGCAGCUUUACGCCGUCGUCUCCGAGGAGCCCAUCUACAUCGUCACCGAGUUCAUGAGCAAAGGCAGUCUGCUGGAUUUCCUGAAGGACGGAGAAGGACGAGCGCUGAAGCUACCCAACCUCGUCGACAUGGCAGCUCAGGUGGCUGGAGGUAUGGCCUACAUCGAGAGGAUGAACUACAUCCACAGAGAUCUGCGCUCCGCUAACAUCCUGGUGGGAGACAAUCUGGUGUGCAAGAUCGCUGACUUUGGUCUGGCCAGACUCAUCGAGGACAACGAGUACACGGCCAGACAAGGAGCGAAGUUCCCCAUUAAGUGGACGGCCCCAGAGGCCGCACUCUACGGAAGAUUCACCAUUAAAUCAGACGUCUGGUCAUUCGGCAUCCUCCUCACCGAACUGGUGACCAAAGGCCGAGUGCCAUACCCAGGGAUGAAUAACCGGGAGGUUCUGGAGCAGGUGGAGCGCGGUUACCGUAUGCAGUGUCCGUCCGACUGCCCCAUCUCUCUGCACGAGCUGAUGGUUCUGUGCUGGAAGAAAGAUCCAGAAGACCGGCCCACCUUCGAGUACCUGCAGGCUUUUCUGGAGGAUUAUUUCACCGCCACGGAGCCGCAGUACCAGCCCGGAGACAACCUUUAACUUCCCCCUGCACUCACCCACUCUGGGGAACCCCCUCUAGCGCCCCCUACUGUCUGGAAGUGCAGCUUCAUGAAAAAACAAACUGCCCCCAACGGAUGAGGAGCGGAGCUGCCGGUGGCUUCGGCCGGGGCUCAAUUAGAAAACUUAGCCAAAUCAGACGGAGAGGAGGUACAGGAGGGGACUGUGGGUAAUGUGGGAAAUGGAGGAGGUGGUGCCUUCAGAUGGUCCUCGUAAACUCGUAAACAGUAAGUGGUGAACAGGUGGCUGACGUAUCUCUGAAUCCUCUGUUACCACGGCAACAUAAAUAGGAAGUAGGCCAAGCUAAUAUAUAGCAGAUACAGUGAUGAUUCCAAAAGUGUCGGUUUAGGACAGAACCGGCAUAGUCGGUUCUGAUUGGUGAGAGGGUUCACCAGCUUUAGCUGUUCUAGAUAAGAUACUGUUGUAGCCUUCAUGGCUGCUGUAGCACGGCUGCAGUGGAAAUUACAAAAUUACAUCCCACGUUCAACAAAAACAUUUGAGGGGAAUUCUUUGUUUUGCUGUUGGUGAGGUCGUUGGUCCGUACCGGUUCCGAGUUGGCAAAAUCUUUAUUUCAGAAUCAGUUCACGAUCUUUAUCUUAAAUUUUCAGAUUUUACAAGUUGACGAGGACCGUCGAAGCGCUCCGCUUGCUGGGGUUGAAUUACGUGAGUGUAAAUAUAAGCGGCCGGUCUCCUCUCGCCUCGUUGUUUGGGUUCUGUUCUGUGGAUUUCGUUGCUCUAACAGGCCUUAGUGGUUGAGGAGAAUGGCGUCGUGCGGUGAAGCUCUUCUCACUGACGUUUGCGUUUGGGUUUUUUCUGUUCUGUUUUUUGACUCGUCUUUCUUUGUAUUCUGUUGUUAAUGCUCUCUUAUUGAAAGAAUAGUUUGGCAAAAAAAGACCUUCCUGAAAUCGCGCCCCAAAGGCCGCCGGUCAGCCACGAACGCUUGGGAUGAACGCAUGUUAGCGUAGCUGAAACAGCCGCAGGCGCCUUUGUUCGUAUUUUAGCGUGUUUAUGUAUAACAGGGGCAGAAACCGCGUAACCAGGUCUGUUAGAGAAGCCGAACACCUCUUGUGUUGACUUGUCUUGACCUGUGCAGGCAGUUAGCACUGUUUGUUAGCUCCAUUAGCCUCGUAGCUCCACAUUUUUGUGGGAGAAGAUUUUUUGCCAAACUAUCGCUUUAAAAAAUGAGGUUUUCCUUCAUUUUAAAAUGAUCAUUUUAAAAAUAAUAAUAUAUGUUGCGCUUCGUGUCUUCAGCUAAAGUUUCGAACAUAUCCUCUACACUGUUGAACUGGGAAGGCUUUGGGCUUUCUCCCACUGUGGAUCCAGGACACGGGAAGAGAUUCCUGGAACUGGAUGUUUAUUCCUCAUUCCUAGCGAUGUUACCCCCCCCCCCCCCCUUUCUCAGGUGUUACGACGAUCAGAGCCUCAUAGAGAAACAUGGACGACUCUCCACACCUAACGGUCUUCUCUCUCCUACGCGUAACGGGUGGACGUUACGUCUGACAUUCUCUGAGUGUUUGUUUUGUUCAUUUUUUUAUUCUUUGUUCUUUAGGGUUUGAUCAUAAUGUGUAAUAUUUAACCACUGAGGUAGAUGUAUUACUGUUUGGACGGUGAGGCCCUUUCUCCUCGUUUGUGUGGACAGGUCCAGUUAACUGUUUGAACAAACCUGAUGAAGUGGCUGUUUGAUUCUAUGUGAUCUAAAAGCUUAAACACUUGAACUUAGUUCAGUCAGUAAGCCCAUGAAUACAUUUCCAAAACAGAAAUAACAGUAAAAACAGGAAAAUCCUUCAUGACCAGGUGUAUCCAAACUCUUAACUGGAACUGUAGAUUAUGUAGGAGCCUACAGGGACAUAUAGGAGUGUGUAGGAGUCUAUAGGAACCUGUAAGAUCCUCUAGGAACCUGUAAGUGCACAUAAGAGUCUUUAGGAACCUUUAGGGCCAUACAGAGCUUCACAGGAGCACAUGUUAGACUGCUGGACCGCACAGGAUACUAUAGGUGCAUACAGGAGCCUAUAGUACCAUACAGGAAAGUUCAGGAGCCCAUAGGAGCCUGUUGGACAGUACAAGAGCCUAUAGGAGCCUGUAGGAGAGUACAGGAGCCUAUAGGAGCCUGUAGGAGAGUACAGGAGCCUAUAGGAGCCUGUAGGAGAGUACAGGAGCGUAUAGGAGAGUACAGAAACGUAUAGGAGCCUAUAGGAGCCUGUAGGAGAGUACAGGAGCCUAUAGGAGCCUGUAGGAGAGUACAGGAGCCUAUAGAAGCCUAUAGGAGAGUACAGGAGCCUAUAGGAGCCUGUAGGAGAGUACAGAAACGUAUAGGAGCCUAUAGGAGAGUACAGGAGCAUAUAGGAGCCUAUAUGAGAGCACAGGAGCGUAUAGGAGAGUACAGGAGCCAUUAGAAGCUUGUAGGAGAGUACAGGAGUGUAUAGGAGCCUAUAGGAGAGUACAGGAGCGUAUAGGAGCCUAUAGGAGAGUACAGGAGUGUAUAGGAGCCUAUAGGAGAGUACAGGAGUGUAUAGGAGCCUAUAGGAGAGUACAGGAGCGUAUAGGAGCCUGUAGGAGAGUACUGAAACGUAUAGGAGGCUAUAGGAGAGUACAGGAGCAUAUAGGAGCCUAUAUGAGAGUACAGAAACGUAUAGGAGCCUAUAGGAGAGUACAGGAGCAUAUAGGAGCCUAUAUGAGAGCACAGGAGCGUAUAGGAGAGUACAGGAGCCAUUAGAAGCUUGUAGGAGAGUACAGGAGUGUGUAGGAGCCUAUAGGAGAGUACAGGAGUGUAUAGGAGCCUAUAGGAGAGUACAGGAGCGUAUAGGAGCCUAUAGGAGAGUACAGGAGCGUAUAGGAGCCUAUAGGAGAGUACAGGAGUGUAUAGGAGCCUAUAGGAGAGUACAGGAGUGUAUAGGAGCCUAUAGGAGAGUACAGGAGCGUAUAGGAGCAGGUGAUGAAGGAUGUUUAUGUUUGUGUUUAGGUUUCUGUGUUCACUUUAACAGUAACAGUACUGUAUCAGGAAGCCACCCGUCUGUUUUAUUAUUCCAGUUUUUAACAUGUUUUGUUAACACAUUGAUUUGUCAUUUGGAAAUAAAGUCCAGUAUUUUACA